AUGAUGACCACCGGUUCCCUUUCGUUUGCCCUUGCUGGUCUUACCCUUGUCUCGGGUGUCAGUUCUGCUGCCAUCCGCAACGACGAUGGUUACACCACAGGUAUCAAGGUCCAGCCCAUUAUCAUCGAGACCUCUGAGUCAUAUGGCGUUACCUGGAAGCAGACCAAGCUGCCCACCACCAACCAGCAGCAAGGUGCGCUGGGUGGCUCGGUGAAAGGCCACUUCCCAGCCAUGAGCCCCAACGAGACCAGCGUCGGCUGUGGUCUCGAUUGGUCCCUUGGUCAGCUUCAUGCCGGCUUCGACGCUGGCGAUGGCGGCAACGGCGUCGGCGGUGGAUUCACCUGGCUUCCCAACGCGCUGAGCAGCGUCAUUGGCGUUCACUUCGGGGACACCAAGGUGAACGUCAAUCUCACCAUCACCGACGACAACCAGGUCAUCUUCAGCGUCGACGGCAAGGAGCUCGACUGGAACAAGGUCAUCAAGGCUACCAAGACUCAGGACGCUAACAUUCUGUCUGGCCGCGAUGCUGGAGCCGUGCAGUACUACCAUGGCCACGCCUUUGCCAACGAUGUCCCCGAGUACCACUACCCCGAUGGCAAGGAGAAGUCGACCAAGACUAAGAGGGCUGAUCUCCCGUCUGGCCCGGAUGCUGGACCCGUUCAAUUUAGCGGAGGCGACGCGUUUGCUGUGGACGUGCCCCAGUACUUCAAUGCUGAUGGCUCGAUUGCUCACUAG